AUGUCCGACUUCACCAACGACGCGUCCACCGGCAACCAACAGUUCGAACAGGGCGGUAUGAACCAGGGCGGCAUGAACCAGCAGGGCGGCAUGACCGACAGCGGCACGCAGCAGACCGGCGAGAAGCAAGACUGGCUCGACAAGGGCAUCGAGGGCGUGGGCAAGAAGUUCGGCGUCAACGUCAGCGACCAGAACGCCGACCGUGCUGGUGACUUCGCGAACAAGGAGUUCACCCAGAGGAGGGUCGCGGCCUUCCUGGUGUUCAGUGAAUGA